AUGAGAAACAUCAUUUUCCUUUUUUGCCUUAUACUUUCUCUUGUUUGUUUUUGUCAAGGUCAUAAGAACUAUUUAAAGAGAGAUAAUUAUCUUCAAUAUUUAAGAUCUCAAACAUUUUUACAAGAGAGAUCAAAACAUAAAAAAUUCAAUAAAAAUUAUUCGGAAGAUAUAAAUGAAUUUGAUGAAUAUGAAGAUGAGGAAACAGAUAAUUUAGAUAAUUUUAUUUCGGAUGAAAUAAAAAAUAAGAAAAAGGAAAAUUAUUUAUCCAAAAAUAUAAAUGAACAAGAAAAUAAUAGGAUCAAUAAUAAUGAAAAAAAACUUACUUUUAAGAAUAUAGAGAAUGAAAUAAAUAGUACAGAUACUUUUAUGGAUGAUUCAAAUGUAAAAUCCUUAGGAAAAACAAAAGAAUGUAAUGUUAAUGAAAAAGGACUUUUAGAUGUCUCAUUAAAUUCAAAUGACUUUUUUAAUAUGAAUAAAUAUAAUGUUGAAAUAACAUCUUCAAAUAUUAUAAUAAAAGAUAAAAAUAAUAUAAAAAUAAUCAAAGAAAUUCCAUUUGAACAUAUUAAAUUACCAAUAACUACUAUUGAAGAAACAAGAGAAUGUUGGUAUAUAAAAACUACCAAAGAUAAAAUACUUUUAUGUGAUAAAGAAAAAGAAGAAAGGGAUAUAUGGAUAACUAAUAUAUUGAAAGCAUUAUUUUGUUAUAAUACAAAUAAUUUAAUAAUUGUAAAUAAAGAAAAAAAUGAUACCGUCUCUUUACCAAAAGAAUCAACAGUGGAUAAAAGAAUAAAUGCAUUAAAAGAAAAGGAAACAAUAAAAUCUUCAGAUAAUAACACCCCAACAAAUGAUAAUAAAGUUAACAAUAUAACUAUUUCGAAUUUAAGCGAUCAUGAACCUAAAAUUGUGUUUAACUAG